GCGCGGCAGCCGGGACGGACGAGGCCCCCGGGGAACGCAACGCUCUCGGCCGAGAGCGCGGACGCGCGGCUGUCAAGAUGGACUGGGAGCUGCUGACGAUGGCGAAUCUGCACCUGACCGCGACCGAGCACCGCUACUACGGCGACAUAUUCAUCUACUGCUGCGAGAACGCGGACGGUGACAGCGUACCCGUGAUCAAAGUCGCCGAGCUGUUGCGCUCGGCCAAUCUGCCGCGGGACGUCACGAUGAAGAUAUUGGAUAUCUGCAUGGGAACUAAAGGUAGUACGCAUCUAGGCAAGAAACAAUUCUAUGCGGUGCUGAAACUCAUUGCGGUCCAUCAGGCUGGUUUGGAAAUCUCCAGAGAUAUAAUAACUACAUCUUUGGAUGUCAUUACCCUGCCGAGAUUUACAUGGCCAACUUCUGGUGAUGAAGAUGGCAGAAGAAGUCCAGAUUUAACUAGAGGAGUAAAGAGUAGACAUCAUGCUCCAGAGAGUACUGAGAGUGAAAGCGAAGCGGAGUCUCCACGCGAAACUGGUGGCAGCACAGAUUCUCCUACACCAACAAAUAGCGUAAUUCAAGAGAGGAACGACGGUAUGCUGGGAGGUGAAACAAUUCUGGAUUCUGUUUCUGGAGGUUGGCAAGGCUUAUUGGUUUCCGAAGAGCAAAGACAGCUAUUAGGCACUGAAGAGGAGAGCUCGGAACGUCAUAGCAGCGACGAAGGUGACGGUGAGGGUGACGGUUCGGGUUUCCCACCGGAAGAAGUGUGGAUUAUCAGCGACGAACAACGUGAUUAUUAUGCGGCGCAAUUUGCACAGUUGCAGCCUGAUCCGGAAGGUCUCCUGGCCGGACCUGUGGCCAGAACAUUUUUCGAAAAAUCGCGGCUUCCCGUUUCUGAGUUACGACGUAUUUGGCAGCUCGCGGAUGUUACGAGAGACGGAGCGCUCAGUUUACAAGAAUUCUAUGUGGCUAUGCAUCUCGUCGUACUGAGGAGGAACCACGUGCCUCUACCCGACGUUUUACCUCCGUCCUUGUCAAUUCCGUUAGUCAUGCAAACAGCAACAACUGCCGCGCCACAAAUCCCACCGGUGACAACUGCUCAAAAAUCGCCGCCGAACUCUGCGAACGCUCGUGAGAAGAAUAGAGAGUGGACAAAAUUCGUAGAUUCACCGACCGGAGCGAGCAGCUCUUCGGUCACCAGUCCAGGACUGCAAUUGGUGAAUUUUGAUUUUCAAAAGUCAGCUGUCGAACGCGAUCCGAAGAUUCUACACCCAGUGCCGUUGCGCCUAACACCUGAAGCGGCAAUACUCGCUUCGGGCGCUAACGGUAGCAGUAGCAGUUGCACGACUUUAGGAGAUGAUGAUCUGCAACAUUCUGCGGCGUCGUUAGUACAACGACCUCUCGCGAAGAAACCUCCCACGGCGCCGGAAGAUGCCGUUAUUGUGACUCCUAAGAAAGAACCACCACCUCCACCGCCACCCAGACCAUACAGAACACAUGCGCGCAGUUCUAGUCUUGAUCUUAAUAAAUUAGGAAAAAAUGGUCAAAGUUUUCUCGGAGCACCGCCGCUUGUACCACCUAGAAUCUCGCCAGGAAUUACUUCGCCUCGCAAAUUGAUCGGUCAAAGGAGCGAAGGCGAAGGACAAAGAACGUUGAGCGAAAGUCAAGCUUUUGUCGCUGAUUUCUCUCACUUUUCCCCUAAGAGUGAAUUGCCUGAGAAUAUGAUACCAUCUGUAGAAAACACAGUACCGCAGUCUCAACAAUUCACUGGAGUCUGUGGAGCAUUUCAUAUUUAUAGAAAACCAAGCCCAAAACGAGACGGUGGUGAUGAAGAAAGUAAGAACGAAGCGGAAGACGAAAAGAAAUUAACCUUACAAGAACUAAGGGAAAAGAAUGCAGAAUUACGCUUAGUCUGCGAAGAAUUGACACGUGAACUGGCUAGUGCGCUUCAAGAACGUAUAAAUCUACGUGCGAAACUCCUGCUCUUGACUUGAUGUGAUUACUAUUCGCUAUCAUUCAUUCGUUCGAAGUUACGAGGUAUUAUGUAUCCUCAAAUCAUUGUAAACACAUGUAUUUAAUACGUUAUGCUAGUCUAGAAUUCCUUUUUUCCCAACGAAGUAUUCAUUUGCAUUCAUGAUGAUCAAUGUAGACAGAUACAACAGGGGAUGCGAUUUUACAAAAAAAUAUUACGUAGAUAUUUUAUACUUGAAGUUGAAAGAAGAAUGUCUAUAAAUUAUGAAUCAUGUAUAUACAACAAAGCUGAUUAUGAUCUUCACAUGAUUGAUAUAUAACUUACGAAUGUUUGCGGAUUUACUUUUUUCAAAUUUAUGAGCUAUUGUUAAUGUUUACGCUACAGUGUUAAAAAAUUUGCCAAGAUUUGAAGCUUAUUGAACUCCCCUGUGAUUUAUUGACUUAUAUGUUAUGUUUCGCAUAUAAACUCCCCUUUUCAUCACCAUGAACUUAUGUAUAUCUUCAUAAGCAUGCCAUGUAAGUGCAUUACGUUCUUACUUUAUUUCAGUACAGAUAUCUAAAACUUUCGAUCGUGUGCAAAAAGAUUUAUUAAUCUUAUGAAAAUUAUUUCUAUUUUUGUACCCCUCUGUUUAUAUUGAUGAAUCUCUUUUAAAGACCUUGUUCACCACAAAUGGAAUUGUUUUGAACUUUGAAUUAGCUGCAUUGUAAAAAUGAAUUAUUAUUAAUAUGUAUUUGUUUGCGAAACAAAAUCGAAUUAUAUUUUCGUAUGGCUAUAUAAAACUAUCACAAAAAAAUGACGUCAACGGAGAAAUGCGAUAAUUAGAACUGUUAUGAAGUUAUACUUUAUUCCGUGAUAACAAGUGUACCUAUAAAAUACCUGUUAAAUAUUGAAGAAAGAUAUACGAGAAGAGUGGAAUCUGCAGGAACAGAAUACUUCGAAAAUAAAUUUAUAUAGAUGUAUAAUGCUCAGAAUCAAUUCACGUUGAAUAUGUCGAUUUUACUAUACCAAUUCUUUGAAAUAAUUAUCGAUUUCUAUUAUUGUAGAUGUAAAGGUUUAGAUACUGUAGUUGGUGCAAAUUAAAGCCUGAGAAAAAUAUAGACUUAUCAAAGCCACAUUAGCAACAAAAAGACAAUUAAUAGCAAUUUCACAUUCCUUUUAGCUAGUUAUAUGUAGAAACUUUCUAACAGUAGCAAUUGCUCAAUAUACAUAAAAUUGUUUUAUAAUAGCAAAAAUUACUAUUAUUUAAAUAAUAUUUAAAUUAUAUUUAAGUAAUUAAAAUAAAUUUUUAAAUUCUUGCUUUUUCAUAAAAUUUAAAUCUUCGUGGCUCAGUUCUAUAUAAGUCUCAGGCGUUUUACUUCUAAAUUGCCAUCUUUAUUCAAUCAAAUAUAUAUGAUUCGUGAUCAACGUUAAGA